CGCCGCAGCUGGGGCUCAGUUGCUGCUGCCUCCGCUGUGGGUGGACAUGGAGCCCCCGGACGCCUGGGCCGAGAUGCGCAGGGCCCCGCGGCUGCUGGUGCUGGCGCUCCUGCUGGGGGCGCACCCAGGUGUCCAGGCGGGGAUCCAGGUGUCGGUGGCCCCGCUGGUGGAGGUGAUGCGGGGGGAGACCGUCACCCUGGACUGCACCCCUUUGGGGGACUACAACCAGUACCUGCUGAAAUGGUUCCUGGCCGACCGCUCCGGGGCCCGCCACCUCCUCGCGGAGGCCCAGGUGCAGGGCUCCGAGGUGACGCCCAGGGUGCACAGCUCCCGGGGCCGCAGUCCCCCGUACCAGCUGCAAGGCCAGGGGCACCUGGUGCUGGCGGAGGCCCAGGUGAAAGACGAGCGGGACUACGUGUGCGUGGUGACGGCGGCGGCGGCGGCGGGCACCGCCGAGGCCACCUCGAGGCUGCAGGUGUUUGCAAAGCCAGAGACCACCGACGUCUCCCCCAACAGAGGGACACUGUCUGUGAUGGAUGACUUUGCCCAGGAGAUCGCCACCUGCCACAGCCGCAACGGGAACCCAGCCCCCCAGAUCAAGUGGUACCGGAACGGGCAGCCCCUGCAGGUGCCCAUGGAGGUGAACUCAAACAGCUACAUGACCAGCCGCACUGUGCGCGAGGCCUCCGGCCUGCAGUCUCUCACCAGCACCCUCUACCUGCGGGUCCACAAGGAGGACCGGGACGCCCGCUUCCACUGCUCGGCGCACUACAGCCUGCCCCAGGGCCAGCACGGCCGCCUGGACAGCCCGGCCUUCAGCCUCACCCUGCACUAUCCCACGGAGCACGUGCAGUUCUGGGUGGACAGCCCGUCCCCCACAGAGGGCUGGGUCCGCGAGGGCGACUCCGUCCGGCUGAUCUGCCGUGGGGACGGCAACCCCACGCCCGAGUACCUGUUUUAUCGCCUACAGGACCAGGAGGAGAAAGUGCUGAGCACCAAUCUCCACGGGAACUUCACCUUGGAGAGUGUGCAGCGGGACCAGAGCGGGACUUACGGCUGCAGGGUGUUAGACUACGACGCUGCUGAGGAGGCUGAGCUCUCCCAGGCGCUGGAGCUGCGCGUGGCCUACCUGGACCCCAUUGAGCUCAGCAACGAGGAGGAGCUUUCCUUACCCCGGAACAGCAGCGUCACCGUGACCUGCUCCGUGCAAGGCCUGCCCACCCCUGCUCUACGCUGGACCAAGGAUGCGGUCCGCCUGGUGGACGGCCCCACGCUCUCGCUCAGUUCCAUCACCUUCAAUUCCGCCGGCACCUACCUAUGCGAGGCCUAUACGCCCACCGUCCCCCUCCUUAGUCGCACCCGGGCCCUCAAGCUGCUGGUUGAAGGGGUACCCGACUUAAAGCCGGAGAAAAUUCACCCCCAGUCAGGGGGCAGCUGGAGAGAAGGUGAUGAAGUCAGGCUGGUCUGCUCUGCCCGUGGCUACCCAGAGCCCAAAUUCCUCUGGAGCGAAAAGGGCGACAGCUCCACAGAGCCGGUGCCCGGCGGGCAGGGCUGGGUGAGCAGCUCCCUGACCCUCAAGUUGACCAAUGCCAUGAGCCAACACGGCGUCUCCUGCGAGGCCUCCAACCCCUACGGGAGCGCCCAGCACGUCUUCUACUUCGGCCCUCUGGCCCCCCAGACCUCCCAGGCCGGAGUAGCUGUCAUGGCCGUGGCCGUCAGCGUAGGCCUCCUGCUCCUCGUCGUUGCUGCCUUCUACUGCAUGAGACGCAAGGGGCGCCCCGGCUGCUGCCGAAAGGGGGAAAAGGGGGCUCCGCCACCUGGGGAGCCAGACCUGAGCCAUUCAGGGUCCCAGCGGCCCGAGCAGACAGGCCUUCUCAUGGGAGGUGCCUCUGGAGGAGCCAGGCGUGGCAGUGGGGGCUUUGGAGAUGAGUGCUAAGCCUGAGGGCCUCCAGGAGGCAGUCAUCGGACACAACCUGGAGUUGCAGGCAUCAGAGAACCAGCCCUGCUCACGCCCUGCCCUCCCCCGCCUUCCCGGCCUGCCCUCUUCCCUCUCCGGCCCUCCCUUCCUUCCUCUGCAGGCUGGGCUGGGACCUACAGACACUGCUGGGAGGAAGGGAGGGUGCGCUGGCUCGUGGGUGGGAGGGGACCUUCCUCCAGGGAGUAUGACUCUCGCAGGCCCCAGAAUAGCUUCUGGACCCAAGCCUGGGGCCCGGCCUGGGACGAGGCUCUGAGGGUCGGCUAGCCGAGGCUAUUUUUACCUCCUGCCUCCAUUGCUGGUCCCCCACCUGACGUCCUGCUGCAUAGUCUGACACUGGAUCCCCACCCCUGCUCCGCCCCCUCAUCGUGGACACUGGAGUCUGGAAUAAAUGCUGUCUGUCACUUCGA